AUGCACACAAGCACUAUCCAUUUACUUUCAACACUUGGGCUGCUAGGCACCGUCUUGGGCAGUUCAAAUUCCUUCCCGGGCUCGAAUGUGGACAUCGACACUAGGUCCUUAGACGACAUCUAUGAAGCUGCAAAGCUAGAAUCUGGGCCAUUGAGGAUUUGCUGGGGUGGUGAUGAGGACUAUCAGGGCGACUCUGUCAGGACUGCCUGGGCACAGACAUUCCCCGACAUUGAGCUCAAUCUUACGGUCGACCUAUCGAAAUAUCACGACAGUAAUAUCGAUCGUUCCUGGCAACGUGGGGAGACCUUUUGUGAUGUUGCUGCGCUGCAGACCCUGCAUGACUACCCACGCUGGAAGACUCAAGGGCGAUUGUUGCCCUAUAAACCAGCCUCGUGGGAAAGCCUGUGGGCAAGCGUUAAAGACCCCAACGCGGCCUUUCUACCACUCUUUUUCUAUUAUUUCGGGAGUGUUGUGUACAACCCGGCCCUCAUCUCAUCGGCGGACCUUCCUGCCUCCUUCGCCGAUUUCACACUACCUGCGUGGAAAGGGAAACUCGCACUUACCUAUCCCAACGACGAUGAUGCCAUUGCAUAUCUCUUCUCAUUGAUUAUCAACAAAUACGGAUGGUCCUGGUUUGAGGCCUUGGCAACUCAAGAUGUUCAAUGGGUCCGCGGUAGUGCCACCCCCGGCGCCGUUGUAGGAAAGAACUCGACCCGCAGCAUUGCCUUCGGCACUCUACCAGGCUCAAAUACUUCAUACCUCAAGGAGUACUUCCUCGAAGACGAGCAGAUCAUGACAUGGGCGCAGACCGCUGCCAUCUUUGCUUCCACUGAACGGCCAGAAUCCGCAAAGCUAUUCAUCUCAUGGCUCACGUCGUCGAGCUUCCAGGAGAACUUUGCGGCCUCGGGAUUCUAUGUUGGAAGGAACGAUUUGCAGUCUGGCCCAUCAACGACAAAUGAGACUGUCUGGGAGAGCAAGAUCUAUGACCCGAUUGGGUUCAAUAGAUUCAUGCUUGAUAGGAGUGGAGUAGAGUUAUGGAAGCUGCAGUUUGAGAGCAUACUUGGUACGGCACAAGGAGCAUCGCCAUUACACGACGAACUAUGA